AUGGAAAUAGAUCCAUUGUCCUUCUCAAUUCCCGAUACGAUCAUGACUUCUCUUCUUGCAGGUAGUCUGUUCUUGGUCGCCAUCUUUAUCAUUGUAUUCAGCACCUCUUGUUACAAGUAUCUUGGUUCAUCAUCGGCUGUAGCUCGUAAACGUUCAUCAUCAGAAAACAACAACAACAUGAAACGAAAUCAAUGCAUCAUGAUUGGACUCAUUCUCAUACUCGUAAUUAUUCAAGUGCUUGGCCUCCUAUGUCGAGGUAUAUGGAACUCGAUCAGCAUGUCCAUCGUUUUGCAAGCAAAAGACUAUGUUGCGAAUCAUUAUGCUUCAAAUUCAUCUCUCUACUUGGAAACAUUUGUGUAUGAAAAUAGUUCAUUGGUCAUUAACGAUGGUUCUGUAAUUCCAUACUCCAAGUUACAAGGAAUGAGUGCCAUGCUCAGUUUUGAAUUGUUUUUCACCUUAUCGAAUUUGAGUGUCCUCAUGUUGAUCAUGUGUUUCAUUGGAAAUGUAUUCAUUCGAACAGUUCAAAUGACCAGCACUCAAAAGUCAUUCCUAGGUACCGGCUACACGAGAGCAAGAAUCCUUUUCAAUGUGUUAACUAUAACUUUCUCAUUUACAGUCUGGAUAGUGGUUUGGAUUAUUGCUAUCGUGCGCUAUUUCACUAAAAUGAAACUAGUUCAAGAUUUUCAAAUGCUACUGUGUGCGAUUGGAUAUUCCAUCUUUCUUGUUCAAAUUUGCCUACAGUUAGCUGCAACCAUUGUCGUCUCCAUCAAAAUGUUGAAAGUUAUCAAUUUCAAUCGAUCCAAACAUCAGCAUAACAACUCCCAAACGAAACAAGCAUUCAUUAAGGUAGUCGUGUUACAAAUCACUCUCACGCUUUGUGCCUUUCUUCAAAUCAUUGCAAUGGGUUUUGGAGCUGUCAUUGUUGAGUGGAAAUAUUUCCAUUGGUUCUAUUUAAUUCUCAAUAAUUUAGGAGUUUUGUUAUUUGCAGUGGUUUCAUUGGCCUUGUAUCAUCCCAUCUUUCAUUUCAAAAAUUCCACAACUGUCAAUUCCACAACUUUACAUACGCAGCAAGGAAAAUCACCUCAGGAGCAGAUGACGCAUGAACAGUUGAACGGCAAAAAGCAACAAGUUGGGACUUCCAGCCAUGUGUGA